CUCACACAGCAGCAGCACCGGGAGAGCUCGACGGAUCCUCGGCUCAUAACGGCUCAUAACGUCUUCUUCAUGGGACUAGAGCAGACUUCUCUCCGCCAGAGAUCAUGGGAGUCUGUUGACAUCCGACUGGGCUACUAGCAGAAGGAAACCCGUGACCAGAACACACAGAGACAGAACCAACAUGGCCGCCCAUCGGAUCAGAGCCACCACCACCAACAACGCUUCUCUCCCUCGCUGCAAGUCCGAGGGGACGCUCAUCGACCUCAGCGACGGCGUGUCGGAGGCCAGUCUGAGCGAUGUCAAAGUGCCUUCUCCCAGUGCCUUACGACUGGACGCCACCGCCUCCUUCGGCACUGCCAGGGAAGUCGUUGCCAUUAAGGACUACUGCCCAAACAGCUUCACCACCCUCAAGUUCUCUAAAGGGGACCGCCUCUACGUCCUGGACUCGUCGGGAGGAGAGUGGUGGUACGCCCACAACAACACAGAGAUGGGUUACAUCCCCGCCGCCUACGUGGAGCCCAUAAACUUCAGAGACUCGUCCUUCAGCGACAGCGGGAUGAUUGACACUGUGGGAGACUGUAACGAGGAGGCAGCCAAAGAAAUCGACCUCCUCGGAGAGUGGGCUGGGGUGAUCCUGAAACCGACCACCUUCCAAAACGGAAAUCCUUUUGCAACCACCCAUACCUCUACAAACCCUUUCCUGAACGGGGGUCCUCAGAGUUCACUUGAUCAGAACAGUAAUGAGAAAUCAGUUGACCUCCUUUUGUUUGAUACGCUGACUCCAUCAGUGCCCAACUCCACCAGCAGCACCACCAGCAAUGGUUUUGGCAGUGGCGUCUUUAACCCUCUCAGUCCCUCUGUAGGGUCGGGGCAAACGUUGCGCAGGGAUAACCCGUUUUUUAGAAGCAAGCGGUCCUACAGUCUGUCUGAGCUGUCCAUCCUGCAGGCCCAGUCCGACGCCCCUCAAGCCUCCUCUGGUUUCUUCGGGGGCCUGAAAGCACCAGCGCCAGAGCAGUUCCAGAGCAGGGAGGACUUCCGGACUGCAUGGCUCAGUCACCGCAAGCUAGCCAGGUCCUGUCAUGACCUGGACUCGCUGGGUCAGAACCCAGGCUGGGGCCAGACUCAGCCAGUGGAGACCAACAUCGUCUGUCGGCUGGACAGCUCAGGAGGGGCCGUCCAGCUUCCGGACACCAACAUCAGCAUCCACAUACCUGAGGGCCACGUGGUCCCGGGGGACACCCAGCAGAUCUCCAUCAAAGCUCUGCUCGACCCGCCGCUGGAGCUAAACAACGACCGCUGCACCACAGUCAGCCCUGUGGUGGAGAUCAAACUCAGCAACAUGGAGACCAAAACCACCAUCACCCUGGAGAUGAAAGUGUCUGUCGUUGUGAAAAUGGAGAGCAGGGAGACGACAGAAGUCCUUUGUGUCAGGAGUGACUGUAAAGAGGGACCCUACACCCCCAUUCCUCAGGCGUACAUGUACGGGGACACCGUCCAGGUGUGCCUGGAUAACCUGGAGCCGUGCAUGUAUGUGUGUGUUGUGGCUCAGUCCCAGUCCCUGACUCCAGACUCCACAGUCUGGGAGCAUGUGGUUAAAAAGAUCACCUUAGGAGUCUAUGGUCCCAAGCACAUUCACCCAUCCUUCAAGACAGUCGUGGCCAUGUUUGGCCACGACUGUGCGCCAAAGUCAUUAUUGGUGAGUGAGGGAGGCAAACAGGCCGCUCCGUCAGUGGUGCUGCAGCUCUGGGGCAAACACCAGUUCGUGUUGUCCAAACCGCAGGACCUCCGCGUUGGAGUUUACUCCAACAUGGCCAACUAUGAGGUCAAGGCUAGCGACCAGGCCAGAGUGGUCCGAGGCUUCCAGGUCAAACUGGGCAAAGUCAGCAGGCUCGUUUACAUCAUCGCCUCGCGCAACUCCGAAGACGUUUCUGAUUUCACCUUAAGGAUCCAGAUCAAAGACGACCAAGAUUGUAUACUGGCUCAGUUUUGUGUCCAGACGCCAACACCCCCACCCAAAGCAGGCCCAAAGACAUCAGUGCAACGGCGUUUCCUGAAGAAGAAGGAAGUGGGCAAGAUCGUCUUGUCUCCUCUUGCCAUCGCCACCAAGUACCCUGUUUUUCAGGACCGGAGAAUAAAUAACCUGAAGUUUGGAAAGUUAAUCAAAACUGUCAUCCGACAAACGAAAAAUCAGUACCUGCUGGAGUACAAGAAAGGAGACUUUGUAGCUCUGUUGAGUGAGGAGAAGAUCAAGCUGAAGGGUCAACUGUGGACAAAAGAGUGGUACAUUGGAUAUUAUCAGGGCAAAAUGGGAUUUGUUCAUGCGAAGAAUGUGCUGGUGGUUGGCAAAGUUAAGCCCAUUUACUUCAGCGGGCCCGACCUCACAACUUCAUUGUUACUGGAGCAGAUACUGAAGCCCUGCAAGUUCCUCACAUACAUCUACGCCUCCGUAAGAACUAUACUGAUGGAGAACAUCGGCAACUGGCGAGCGUUCGCCGAUGCACUCGGAUACGUCAACCUGCCUUUGACGCACUUUUGUCGCGCGGAGCUGGACAGCGAGCCUGAGAGGGUUGCAUCCGUGCUGGAGAAGCUGAAGGAGGACUGCAACAAUGCGGACAGCAAAGAGCGAAAGUCCUUCCAGAAAGAACUCCUGACGGCUCUGCUGAAGAUGGACUGCCAGGGUCUAGUUGCCAGGCUGGUCAUGGACUUCGUCCUGCUGACCACGGCGGUGGAGGUGGCGGGGCGCUGGAGGGAGCUGGCCGAGCGGCUGGUCAAGGUCUCACGCCAGCAGAUGGACGCUUACGAGGCGCCGCACCGCGACAAGAACGGGGUGGUGGACAGCGAGGCCAUGUGGAAGCCGGCCUACGACUUCCUGGUGACGUGGGCGGCUCAGAUCGGCGACAGCUACCGAGACGUGAUCCAGGAGCUGCACAUGGGCCUGGACAAGAUGAAGAGCCCCAUCACCAAACGCUGGAAGCACCUGACCGGCUCGCUCAUCCUGGUCAACUGCCUGGACGCCCUGCGGAGCUCCGCCUUCAGCCCCGCCGCUCAGGACGACUACGCCAUCUGAAGCCUCUCCGUGGUGUUCCCCCUCACCUCUGCUCUCUGGAGGAGUUACAGUUAGAAAUGCUGCAUAUCAGCUGUCACGCCAGGCUGCCGUCGUGUUGUUUUGCUCCGGCGGCGCCGCCUCCAGCUCCUCGCGGCCCGGGGGAACCUGGACGUCUCCACGGCGACCGGCCAAACUACAGAGCUGUACGGAGCUCACAGUAUUCACAAAGACUCUUUUAAUAGUUCCUGUCUGCAUAGUUAUGUAUUUUUGUACUCUUAUUAUGGCACAGCAUUUUUUAAAGCAACACUUUGAACCCCUUUGGUUAAGAACUGUGGAUUGAAUGCCAAGAAAGACACUUUUUCAAGAAAAGACACUUUUAGAUAUCGUACCCUUGUUACCGUAGCCUUGUCACAUUUGUCAAAUCUCUUCUAUUUAUUUGUACAUCAAAGAGAAAAGCCACUUUUCUUCUCUCCUUCAGGUUCUCUCUCUUUCUCUCACUGUGGUCCUGCUCAUCCCACAGAUCCAAAUAUAUAAAAAACAGACUUUGUUAUUAAUCUUGAACACAAAGUGAGUCCAGCUUUCCUCUAGUGCCAAAACAUUCAGUCAGUUAAACAAAUAGACAGGAAAUCAAUCAACAACAGAUUAGAUACAGUUUGACAAUUUGCUGCUUUUCUCUCUUUUCUAAUCUAGUUAAUUAAAUGUUUGAACUGUUGACCAGACAGAAAAAGUAAUAUUAAAAUGUUUUCAGCUCUGUUUGUUUGUCAGCAGGAUGAUGGAAGAACUACUGGCCCUGUUUAAAUGAAAGCUGGUAGAAGGCUGAAGCCUGGGCCAAGGAACGACCCAGGGAACUUUAGAAAGGAUCCAAGUCACGAAUAAUGAUUAUUUGUAUAGAGCCAGUGUGCUGCAUUAAUGUAGUGUCGGAAUAAUCAGAAAAAUGUGUUCCCAAAUGGGAAAAUUCAUAUGAACCCCCUCAAAAUAUCAUCAUUUGAAAUGAUUAUGGAUGUUUUCUUUGUUUUCAGACUAAUGCUCAGCUCCUUCACCUUAGAACAGAAACUACUCAGUCAUCUCUCUGGUGCUUCUGGCUCAGUUUUCAUCAGGAGAUUCUUGCUCAGCUGUCCUGUAGAUGUUCAGCCUCCAUGAUUGUUUCAGUUUACAGCUCCAUUCACUUCUUCUAUGACUUCUGGACGUUUCCCUUUUAUCCAAAACCAAACUUACAUCACCAAAACCAAAUACGUUGAUCAGUCGAUAAGAGCUGGUCUUGAUCCGGAUCAGACUGAAUCCAGGUGUCUUUUAUUCAUGAAGUCCUGGCAGGUAUGUGUCAUGAUAACAGCUCAGUGAUGAAGAAGAAAUCAACAGUUCACACAGUAGUAAAUGUACAGUGGAGGUUUCAGUUUGUCUCUGAAGAAACACUGCAGCUCCUCCAAACCAGAGUAAAUGCUGGGUCUCUAGCCCAGCUGGAAAUAAAUUAAUAAAUAAAUUAUAUAUAUAUAUCAGUCAGGAUACUGAUUGGAAAAAAAGGAGGCCUACAAAGGUUUUCAGCAUCAACACAACUGUUGAAUUAUAUUCAAAUCUGAACAUCGUGUAGAAUAACUAAAGUUAUUGACCCUCAGUAAGAGAGGUGCUCUGUUUGUUUGUCUGUUUGUUUGUCAAACAGAUAAACAACUAAAGUUAUUGACCCUCAGUAGGAGACGUGCUGCUGGCUGGGGAAGCAGCAGCUCUCGUAGGUUGAGUGUCAGUUAUUUUUCAUCCCUGAAUUUAACCCCAUGAAGUCGAAAGAUGUCUCUACUCUUCCUUGAAAUGAUAAUUUUUCAGACACAGACUGUUGUUGUCUUUAUAAAUGAAGCGAUGCUUCCUCCGUGACUCUUGAUCAUCGUUCUGUGACUGUCAGAUAACAGGAAGUGAUCGAUCAGGCCUGAGAUCUCGAUGGAUCAGACCGUUUGCAGGUUCUCACCUAUAACAGAUUGCAGGUUUCCGUCCCUGGAUGGUGAUUUCAUAUUUGCAGUAUGAAAGCUAAACUAACUGGAUCAAGUGUAUAAAAUGCAGCAGAAAAGUGAACCUUGGUUCAGACAUUGAGGUGAGGAGAAAUACUGAGUUGAGAACUUUCAUUAUUGGUUAAUCUAUUGAUUAUUUAUUUAAUAAUCACUUAAAACUGUUCAGCAUUACCUUCUAUAUAACAACUGUAGCCACUCAUUCUCACCUGUUUCUUUAGUUCCAUGGAAGUUGUUUGUACCAAAGCUGGCCCUGAGCACCGCUCCACACAUGAUGUAAUGUUGACUGUCUGUCAAAGCUUCUGGUCAGGUUUUGUCUCAGUGCUGCAUACUGUAUAACGUGGUGACUUUAAAACAUUUUUUGUGACUGCAUACUUUUGUGGAAAAGACUCUAAAUAAAAUGUAAAUAUUUGGACCCA